AAAUUUUUUCUCUACUGAUAAGUCAUUUUAUGGAGUAUUGUCCUCACAUGAAUUUGAAAGUUAAUAGACCCUAUUUAUUCAUAUUAGAUCAACAACUACGCUGUUAUCGCUCUUAUGGCUGGCAACGAGUACGAGUCAAGUGAACUUCGUAAAGAUAAGCGAUCGUCGUUUUCAAUCUGGUGGCAGUGUCCGAGUCGGGCAUCUACAACCAAAUAACCCGAAUUUUAUUCAUGAACCUGAAAUCCUAAAAAUGUGCGCCAGAGAUCUGCAAGAGCGGAAAAUUCUACCCAUCAACUACACCCUAACGAUCUUGACGAUGGAAAGCUGCAACAAAUUCUCAGGUGUUGAACAUGCAGCGUAUCUGCACUAUAUUAAAAAUGCGACCGUUUACUUCGGUCCGGGAUGCAACAAUGAAAUGCUUGUCAUUGGUCGUCUUGCACCUCGAUGGAAUGUGCCUAUUAUUGCUCACAUGUCAGGUGACGACGCGCUAAGUGAUCGAAGUGUUUUCUCGACCCUUGGCUCCGUAGCCCUAACAUCAGCUAGCGAAAUGGCUAGAGCCAUUCUUACAUUUCUUCAACUAAACAACUGGAAUCAGAUUGGAUUCGUUCGGGCCUCAACAAAUUACGAACGUCUGUCACUGCAAUCGUUGAGCAAUCUACUUAAAAACUCAGAUAUUAAAGUGAAUGUUGUCGCCGAUUUCGACAAGAUGUCCUUACCAGAUGAAAUCAUUUUGUCUGGAAAGCUGGAAUCACUAAGCAGCAAAGCGCGAAUUAUCAUUGUCGAGCUGGGUAUGGACAUUAAUUCCGCCACUAACUUCAUGCUUGCUGUUCAGCGUUACGACAUGAAAACGAAAGAUUAUGUUUACAUCAUUCCAUGGCUGGCUCAUACGAACGACCAAUAUCCAUGGGAAGCAGCAACGGUGGACAAGCAGGAGGUGAAAGCUGCGUUCGAGAACGUGAUCAUAAUUACAGCUCACGGAUACGACAAAAAGUUUUUUGACGACUUUCAAGAAAAAUUUAGUCAAGCCACUGGAAUGAUUAGUAGUCAUUAUGCCACUCUAACCUACAUGUCGCUUUAUGAUGCGCUGUUCCUUUAUGGCCUAGCUCUUCGCGAUGCCUAUGAGGAGAUUGGUGGGUUCGACGUUCAUCAGAACGGAUCGCUUAUCUGGUCAAAGAUGACUAACCGACAAUUUAUUGGUGUGACUGGUCAAGUACUAAUGAACCACAAGGCAAUUCGUGUGCCCAGUUAUGCAACGUACCACAUCACUAACAGUACAAUGCGAAUCGUAGUCGAGCUGGAGGCGAAAAUUGUCAAUAGAGAGCGCUGCGAGAAGAACACUAACCAAUGCUCAGAGCAUGUUGCUCGUGAAGUUACACAAUUCUAUUGGCCUUCAUCAACUGGGCAAUUACCGAAAGCUGUGCCAUCUUGCGGAUUUACUGGAUCUGAUUGUGACUAUACUGUAUACUUUAUUCUUCUGGGUGCAACAAUAUUUUUGCUUACGGUUUCACCACUUUCUUACUUUGUCUAUUUAAAGCACAAGGAACAACUACUAUAUGACAUGACGUGGCGUAUACCAAGAGAUAGCAUAAGAUUCAUGGACAGCAAACAGUCGAGAUCCGAGCAUUCGUUGGCGAGCAAAUCACAAAGCUCUGGGUCGUUUUCUGGAAGUGUCGGUUCGAAGCCUGUGGUAUCGGCACGACAUGCAAUGUCAAAUGGAGUGCGAAUUGCGUUCGUACGCUUCCAGCAAACGAGGAACGUGACGUUUCCGAAAACAGAACUGAAAAUUCUCAAAGAGCUCAAACUCACUGAAAAUGAAAAUCUGAACAAAUUUUAUGGUAUCGCAUUCAACCAGCAAAACGAGUUCAUUGUAAUGUGGUUGUUCUGUUCACGUGGAAGUCUUGAAGAUAUCUUAUUCGACGACGAGCUGAAACUUGGCCGUAACUUCCAGGUUUCUUUUGCAAAAGACAUCGUCAAGGGGCUCUCCUUCUUGCAUUCUUCGCCUCUUCAGAUUCAUGGUUUAUUGUGCCUACAAAACUGCUUAGUGGAUUCCAAUUGGACGGUAAAACUUACAAAUUUUGGAACGGAGUGGAUAAUCAGCGAAAAACUCUGCCACAAUGAGAUCAAGCUAAUUGUCGAGGAGGGUGACGACGAAUCCGAUCGUUUAGCAGAUAGAAGGAAGGCAAAAUACGUGCAGCAGGCACCGGAAAUCAUUCGUGAACUGGUGACGAGGAAGGCGCUUCCGCGCGGUUCUCAACCAGCCGACAUUUAUUCAUUGGGAAUGGUGCUCUACCAAAUAUUAUUCCGUGUUCAGCCAUUCCAUGAAAGAGGAAAAAGCGUCGCAAAGUUAAUGGAGAUGAUAUCGAUGUCGAAUGAUGACGAUCAACUUAUUCGCCCUACAUUCCCAUCCAGUCAAGGCACGGAAGGUUUCAACCUACAGGCAACCGAAGACUUUAAGUUGCUUUCGUGUAUUGAGGCGUGUUGGCUUGAACUUCCUGAAAUGAGACCUCAUAUUAAAAGAGUCCGAAGCAUGGUGAACGCAAAUCUACGCUCGACCGGCAAAGGAUCACUGGUUGACCAAAUGAUGAAGAUGAUGGAGGAGUACACAAGCAAUUUGGAAAACAUGGUCCGUGACCGCACAGCACUUCUCGAAGAAGCGCAGAAGCAAGCUGAUCGGCUCCUGAACAGCAUGCUGCCUAAGUCUGUUGCUGAAGAUCUCAAGGUUGGAAAACCUGUGGUACCUCAACUCUACUCUUGCGCUACUGUUCUUUUUUCUGAUAUACGGGGUUUUACAAGAAUCUCUUCAACGUCAACUCCUCUCCAGGUUGUUACUUUUCUCAACGACAUGUUUUCUGGGUUUGAUGCUAUAAUUGCGAAACACGAUGCAUACAAGGUGGAAACAAUCGGUGAUGCCUAUAUGAUUGUGUCAGGAGUACCGAACGAAAACGGCAAUAACCAUGUGCAGCACAUCGCUGAUAUUGCCCUAAAAAUGAGAUCGUUUGUUUCAAACUUCAAACUCGCUCACCGUCCCGAAGAGCUGAUGAUGGUUCGCAUUGGAUUCCACAGCGGCAGCGUUGCUGCCGGAGUUGUCGGUUUAGCAGCUCCAAGGUAUUGCUUGUUCGGUGACACUGUUAACAUGGCAUCCAGAAUGGAGAGCACUGGAGUCGCCAAUAAAAUUCAGAUAUCUGAACAGUCUUGCAAUAUAUUGCGGUGUUUUUUCCAACAGUUCAUUGUUGUGGAACGAGGUAAAAUUGAAGUUAAGGGAAAAGGCGAGUGUACAACAUUCUACCUCGAAGGUAAAAGUAGUUCAAAAGCACGAUGA